CGCUUUCUUCUCAGCCGCAAAUUAACCCUCGUUGAGACAGACAGACCGAAAGGCGGGGACGAACGAAAGAACGUUGCAAUCUCUGAUUUGAAAGGUCAAGACGUUGCAAUGUCUGAAUCCAAAGGUCAAGAGGACAUGGACAAGGAGGCUUUUGAGCAAUGGAAAUUAAGGUGGCAAAAAAACUACACUACCCCUCGAGAGGAGAUGUUUAGAUUCGAAAGAUUUCAAGAAAAUCUCCGUCUAGAAGAGGCUAAUUCUGGUAAUUCGGGACCAUCACAACCACCUUGGAUGGCUUUGGACAGUGAUGCGGCGGCCCUGCGUGAACUCGAGGAGUACCUGCUACUAGUUUGUAACCAUUCCGGUGAUGUAUCUUCUGAUAGUGAUACUGAUAGCGAGGGGCGUGAGCUUAGAGCCAGUGGCUACCAUAAGGUUUUCCUCCGAGAACAAAAUGAGGAUGGUACAUUCCGCAUGGACACUUUUUACUCGAAAAAUCCAACGCAUCCAAUUUCUGAUGUGGGCGCAAGGUAUUAUAAAGGCCAAAGUGGUCGUAAAAAAGAUGAUAUCAAAGAGGAGGAGAAACGCCAAAAAUCAGGCUGUGGAGGAUGCUGCAGUGGCAGUGGAACCGGAACCUGAAACUGUGAGGGAAGGGUUGUAGAAAUGGGCAAGUUAUUAAGUAGUGGGUAGUAUUUAUGUGAAGUCUUUCAAUUGUAAUGCUAUAUAUAUAUUUAUGUGAACUUCUACUCUUGCGUUAGCUAACGAUAUUUGGUUCUUUCUAAAUACCAAUUUGGUUUGUAUCA